AGGCGUUCCGUCGCAGCGGGGCAGGCCGCCUCGGGGGCGGCCCCGGGCCGCGGCCGGGUGUGUGUGCACAUCGGGGCGCGCGUCCCGGCCAGAGCGGCCGCGCGCCCCGCCGGCCAUGGGGCGGGGCGGCCUGCAGGGCGAUGAGAUGUCCGUGAAGCAAGCACCUGAAGGUGUUUGCCGGCGGGCUGCCGAACUCCGUGUCGGAGCGGCACCUGGGGGACCACUUCGCGCGGUACGGGCAGAUCGUGGCCGUGAACACCGUGGCCCCGAAGGAGGACGGCAAGGCGAUGUUCGGCUUCGUGACCUUCAAGUACGCCGCGGACGCGGACUGCGCCGUCGUGGACCCGCAGCACUUCUCGGGCGUCUCGAGGCCACUCGAAAUGGGCUUCGCGCGGAAGAAAGGCAAGGACCAGGCCAACCCUGCCGUGGCCGACGCCGACGCCUGCAAGGUGUUCGUGGGCGGCAUCGGCGACAGGGACAGCGAGGAGGACGUCGGCGACUUCUUCUCGCAGUGGGGCCUCGUGACGCUGAUAUACCGCGACCGGGACGGCUGGAGCUUCGUCCACUACGCCACCAAGGAGGGGGCGAAGAGGCUCCUGGAGGAGACCACCGUCGUCUACCAGCGGAGGCGCCUCGACGUCAAGCCGAGCGAGUCGAAGAAGGUGAUGGGCGACGACGAGAAGGACGACCUCGUCCGCCGAGCCAUCGCCCGACACUUCCACAAGAAGGGCCAGCCCGCCCUGCCGCCGGCCGGGUACUACCCGCCCCCCGGCGGCUACCCCCCGCCGGCCUACCCGGGCUACCCGCCGCCUCAGGCGUCCUACCCCCCGCCUCAGCAGGGCGGCUACCCCCCUCCGGCCUACCCAGGCUACCCCCCGCAGCCGCAGCAGGGCGGCUACCCCCCGCCGCAGCCGCAGGGCGGGUACCCGCCGCCUGCUCAGCAGGGAGGGUAUCCGCCGCCGCAGCAGCAGGGAGGGUACCCGCCGCCGCAGCAGCAGGGCGGCUACCCCCCGCCGCAGCAGCAGGGCGGGUACCCGCCGCCUGCUCAGCAGGGAGGGUAUGCGCCGCCGCAGGGCGACCCCUACGGCCAGCCCCACCAGCAGGCGGCGCCCGCGCAGCCGCCCGCGGCGGCCACGGACCCGUACGGGCGGCCGCUGCCCGCGCUGCCCGCGGUGCCGCACGGGCAGCCCCCGCCGGGGGCGGACCCGCGCGGGGGUUACGGGCAGCCGCCGCCGGGCGGCGAGGCCGCGCCGCCCGCCGGCGCCUACGUCGCCCAGCCGCCCGCCGACCCGUACGCGCGGCCCCCCGCCGACCCGUACGCGCGGCCGCCGGACGGCGGGUACCGGCCCUACUAGGCCGCCGCCGCGGCCGGCGGGCCGCCGCAGGGGUGGCCGUGAGGGGCCCCGCGGCGGGCGGCCCCGGCGGGCGGCCCCCCCGGCGGCGCGGCCACCGGUCGGAGAGCCGCGCCGUCCUGUGGCGGGGCCCGGUUUCACCGGGGGGAGGGCCCCAGUCAGAUGAGGAGUUGGAGGAGGGAGGCCUUGGCUGUGACUGGCAUGAGGCCCCCCUGGCUGUGGCACAGCAGAGAGAGGUAGGGCUAUUAGACGUCCGGCGGUUGGCCCUUGCCGGAGUUGCCUCCCAUAGGCGCCGCGAU